UUGUAGCAGGUAGCAACUGAAAUGGAUAUUUUUGUGCUUUUUAGUGGAAGUAAGAGGGUUACUCUGAAGCCUGAAGACAUGACCACAGAGAAGAUAUCGGUUAUUUUCCAGGUCCAAAAGGAAACCGUUUAUUUGACGGACGACACCAACGUGGCCAUAUUUCCCCGACCUGAUGGUGACUUCAACUGCUUUGACCUCAUCGCCAGAGGCCAUUAUGAAGUGCAUGGUGACAGCACCACUGUGGAAAAAUCUGCAGGGGCACUUCCCUCAAGCCAGGCUGCCCGCUUUUCUUUCCAUCGCCCACCAAGCACUGCCACAAGCUCCUCCUGUCCAAUUCCAAGGAGCACCACCAAAACUUUUGUGAGGAAUGUCUUCAUUGCUGAAGUCCUGAAUGGAAAGCUAGAGACCACCAAGAUGGUUACAGUCCGCUUCUCAGAGUUUGAGGCUUGUGUGGCACCAAUCACCAGUAAGGUGAAAGAGGCCCUUGGACAGCAGGAGUCAUUUAUUUUGACAGAUAGUCAGGGCAACGAAAUAGUUGACUCUGAUGGAACUAGGGGAUCAGCAUACUGGAAGCAAAAUUCCAGGAAAGUAUUUGCAGUACCUGAACCACAGAUGGAACUGCUACAAGUCAAUAAAAGGAAGAGGUUGAGUCGAAGAGAAGAUACUGGCCUUCAAGAGGUUAUGGCAGACAUUGAAGAAGUUGUCGAAGCAGCCCAGGGACUAAAAGAAGUGUCGAAGAUGAUUAAGGAUUUGAGUGGAUUUGCACAUUCCACAGUGACAACAACCCUGUCUCUUUCAGAGGCUGAAGUAGCUUCCUUAAGAGUCGUUUUAGCCUGUCUUGUCUGCAAAGGUCCUGUAGACAAGCCAAUGUUCUCAACAUGCUGCAGAACCCUAAUCGGGUGUAAGGCAUGUGUUGCGGAGUGAAACAGCAGCCACAGUUACUGCCCGAAGUGUCGCGCUGUGGAUUUGGAGAACAGCGUUCAUGAAGUGGCUGGACUCUCUGAGGCGCUGGCACCACUGGAGAAGUUAUUCCUUUAGUAUGUUGCUAUGGUGGCAACAGAUGUUCAUACAGUUCUUCAGAGCCUUGUUUUUAUAGAGAAAUAAUGUCUAAUGUUAACAGUAUUAUUGUCACAUGUAAUUGUGGCACUUA